UGAAAUACAUACUGGAAAGUUAAUAAAAAAUUACCCCAUAAUUGUAUAUAACUAAUAUAACAUUAACCCUGUCCCUGACAACCAUGUCACUCAUGUCUGUUUGCUGUUAGCCAGCUAUAGUUUGUCAGCGCAGUAAGUAAUGUAGCAGACUGAAAGGUAAACAUCAGAGCAUCUUUAUGCAGCUCAGCAGACAACGGUGCGGUGGUGGAUUGUGUGUGGUGGUGCUGAAGAUCAUCAAGCAUUACCAGGAGGAAGGUCAGGGAACUGAGGUGGUGCAGGGGGUGCUGCUGGGACUGGUGGUGGAGGAUAGGCUGGAGAUCACCAACUGCUUCCCUUUCCCUCAACACACCGAAGAUGAUGCUGACUUUGAUGAAGUUCAAUAUCAGAUGGAGAUGAUGAGGAGUCUGCGCCAUGUAAACAUUGAUCACCUUCAUGUGGGUUGGUACCAGUCAACUUUUUACGGCUCUUUUGUCAGCCGGGCCCUUUUGGACUCUCAGUUCAGCUACCAGCACGCCAUUGAGGAGUCCGUUGUGCUUAUUUAUGAUCCCAUUAAGACAUCUCAGGGUUCUUUGUGUCUCAAGGCCUACAGACUGACCCCCAAACUUAUGGAGAUCUGUAAAGAGAAGGACUUCUCUGCAGAUGGGCUGAAAAAAGCUAACGCAGGGUACGAGAACAUGUUCGAGGAGGUGCCCAUCAUCAUCAAAAACUCUCAUCUCAUCAAUGUUCUUCUGUGGGAGCUUGAAGAAAAGUCCACUGUUGCAGAUAAACAUGAGCUCCUCAACCUUUCCAGCAGUAGUCACCUGGAGAAGAGCUUGCAGAUGUUGAUGGACCGGGUGGAUGACAUGAGUCAGGACAUUGUCAAGUACAACAACUACUGCCGCAGUCUCAGCAAGCAACAGCAACAGAAACAUCAGUACAUUCAGAGACGUCAACAGGAGAACGCCCAGAGACAGAGCCAUGGAGAACCUCCGCUUCCUGAGGAAGACCUCAGCAAAAUGUUCAAGCCUCCUCAACCACCUCCACGUAUGGACACGCUGCUCAUCGCCAGUCAAAUCAACACGUACUGCCAAACUAUCAAGGAGUUCACAUCUCAGAAUCUGGGCAAGCUUUUCAUGGCUGAAGCUCUCCAAGGACAUAGCAGUUACACUUCAGCCAAUUAAAUUGUUUCAGUGAGACAAGUUCUGAUUGGUCAAAGUCAUCUAUUCCCUUUAGCUACAAAAUAACAUUUAUUGAUUCACCCCACCCCCGAUGGAAGGCUCUUUUUAAUAUUUAAACUGUUCAAUUUUUUUUCCCUAGUGUUUUUAUUUUUCACAUUACUAGACUUUUUACACAUUUAAGUUUAAUUGGUGUAUUACUUUCUAUAAGGCAGGUCAGCUUUUUUUAUUUAGGCAUUUAUAAGAACACAUGAGCCGCUUUUCCACCAUUGAGCCAAACAGUCCUCAUUGUGGAGCCGUUCCAUACCAAUACGGACUCACUGGCAUGGUUACAGUUUCUUUAUUUUCACUGUGGUGUUGUAAAAUCUGGGCUACAAUGGACUGCACAGUGACAAAUAGUGAGUCGCCACAUCACUAGGUAUUCCACCAGAACAUUUCUCUGUCCUGAGCACGGUUAGCUAACCGUGCUUAGAAUUCCAGGCCGGGAACUGUUUGGAAUCGAACCAUAUUGAACCGUGCUCAAGUGGAAAUGCUAAUGGAACCAUUGCUCCCCAUGUUCGGAACUGUUUGGCCCAAUGAUGGAAAAGUGCUUAUUGUAUGUGAUUCAGAAAAUAUAAAAUAUGUUAAAUUUGUUCAAAAUUUGUUCAAAAUAUGUUCAAAAUGUUAAUUUUUGAGAGGAAACAAAUGUACCCAUCAAUAUUGUGCAAAAAGGGAUGUUGAAAAUGUGGUAAUACAUUUGAUUUUGCCCACUAUGUAGUGUUUUUUUUUUCAAAUUGUCAUUUGAGAGUGGGAUUUGCUGUGCCAAUCCAGCAAAAAUGAGUAUGACUGGACACUUCUGUUUUUUAGCGCAGUAGAUUUUUUCCACCUGCCUUCUUGGCAGUCUUUCUCUCUCUCUUUCUCUCUUUCUUAAUCCAUUGAUCUUACACUUUUUUAUGUUUCUGCUCCAACUUUUAUUUCUGUUUCUACAGGAACAGGUUCACUUUUGUCUUUAUCACCAGUGCCUGUAAUGAAAGGCAUAAAUCCUUUUGCCAAUCGGUGACUGUAAUUCUCUUUUCCUUAAAAUGAUGUGAUUUCCGACCAAACUCUAAUUAUGUUAAAUGGAAAAGGAGCAAUUUCCGGCAUCAAAACACACAAUUUGCAUGGGCCACCGCAUUCUUUCAGACAAAAAUGGAUCAGAAUGAUCAUAAUUACAGUACACUGCUGUAAAACAGCCCCCAUCCCUGUCAAUUUACACCAGGAGUCUGUUGUGUGCUGGACAUUAAUUUCAACACACUGUUCCCUGUAGUAGAGUAAAACUGGGGUUCACAUGGCGUUUACCUCCCACCACCUCUCUGUGGUCCCACCCACAAGCUACUCACUCCAGUCAUUAGUCUUCACAGCAUGUAUUUUUAAUUUAUUUCCACUUCACUACAGGUGAUUAAAGCAGAUAAACCGUGACAAUAAAACUCUUGAACUCCAGACGCCCUGAUUGAUGAUUGCGAAGAGUUUCAGUCAUAAUUAACGCAAUGAGCUUUUGACAUUGCACAACGUGCCUGGCCUUUCAAAGAGGAUUGCGUUAGGGUGCACAAUUAAAUUCUAGCUGCACCAAAAAAUAUAACGGCCAACAGUUCUUAGACUCCACAGUUUUUAUGUCUUUUCCAUCUCUGGAGACACCCCUUUUCACCUUUUGCAGGUGAAUUAGAGUAAUCCUAGUACAGACUCUUGUAAUUAAAUAUAAUAUCCUGUCACGAUGGAAAUUAUUGCAUUUUACGGAACCAAGAAGCAUUUUAUUUAUCGAGGAAAAAGAGAUGUUUAGUUAAUAACUUAAAUACUAGCAAUGUUCAUGUUUAAUGUGCUGAAAUGAGUCUGAGGUCUCGUGGCUGAUGUCUGAUCCGAAUUUCAGGCAGGAACCUGAAGAACUUUAUAUAUUUUCUUUCAAGUCAGUUCCUCGGGGACAUUAAAAGGAAUCUCUAGGAAGCAUCUUUGUCAGUCUGUAGAAGACACCAAUUAAACAUUGCUUUGCUUUUGCACUGUAAAUUACCAUUUUAGAAUUCAUCUGAACUCUUCCCAUUAUGGUAGCACAUCAAAGUCUUCUAUUCUCAUGGGAUUUAUAAUCUACCAUCAAGUAAUAGCUACCUCCAUUUGGCCUACUAUGUGGUUUCAGUACAUUUAAAGGAUAGUUUUAUCUCCCUUUAGUUUAGUCUAGGGUUUAGCUCAACCAGUCUCCUCACAGGUGAUAACCUGUGUUUGAAUCUACAAUAAUGGAGGGAUGAAUUUCUCCCCAAAGCCUCAUUAAUCAGGGUGUGUGUGUGAGUGGGCAGCUUUGAAGCCAUUGAUUUUAGAAGUGCCAGUACCAAGGUUGGCUCAUUAGGUGCUUCUUUGAACACUGCCAUUGUGUUUGUUUUAGACUGGUAGGCCGGAAGUGCUACAGCUUUUGUUGUAUUAUUGAUGAAGUCCUAGUUGUUUCCAUACUAUUCAAGGAUGUUGCUCCACAAAGCAGCCAAGAUGGCCUGUUAGGAGUUGAAGCUAUUCUAUGAGGCAGUGCUGUAAGAUGGCAUUGUUUCCCUGUAUAAUGGUUUGAGAAGCGCAGUUUUCUUUCCUGUGCUGACGUAUUUCCUGUUAAAACAAGAAUUCUCUGCAAGACACAUCACAGGGCUAUUUAAUGGCCAAUACUUUUUCGUUACGUCAUAAAACCUGGUACUUGGUACUUGACUAGUUGAAUGCAGGUGGUCUUAGAUUAGGUAUAUACACUAAAAAAAUGAAGCCAUUACCCUUACUUACUUGAAUUAUAGAAAGUUUUUACACGUAAUUGAAUGAAAUUAAGCCAACAUAAUUUAGUUUGAUUAGGUCAAAUGAAUGUACUAUAGCAAUUUUAACUCGGCUUCGUUAGGUUCGUCAAACUCGAUUAUUUAAUAAAUGUUCUUAAGUUGGUCCAACCUUUAAUUAAUCAUUAAUAAAUGCCAGAUGAGCAAGUUUAAAGACAGUGAAACUGUAAAAAAUGGAUAAAAGCAUCUGCCAAAUGAAUAAAUGUUUUAAAUAAAAUCAUCUUGAUGAAACAGCAGAAAUCAGUUUUAAACAUUAGCACCUGCUUUUUCAGACAAUCUGAAGUCUGACACAUUCAUGUCUGUGCAGUACACUCGGUAGACAGUUCAUGUUUAAUUACCCACAACAUGCAGCUUCUAAUAAUCUGUCACACAUCAAAAUAUUUCAUAGGUUUUCGAAUUUCUUACUUGUUGGCAAAUUUGUUUCUAACAGUUAUGGCAAUGUUUCCUAACACCU